AUGACCCCUCCAGCUCCAGCUUCCGCGGCUGUUGGAGCCUCCAAUUCUAAUUCCAGUACCCCGCGCCCGAGACGCGGUAGAGGCCGUGGUGGCCGCGGUCGACAGACAGCGAAUUCAGCUCAGGCUCAGACGCAAACGCAGACUCAGGCAGCACCGGACGCACAGCCUCACACUCAACGUCAACCGCCUACGGAGACCACACCGAACGGAGAUGCACCGCGUCCGCCGCGAGGACCGAGGGGAGGCAACAAGAGGGGCGGAAGAGGGGCAGGCGCGAGUCGUCGGCCACGCGGUGGCGAUCAGGCUACACUUCCCGCUGGACGGACCUUUGGAGGAAGAUUGACCAGGCCGGAGCAGGAGCAGGAUGGUCAAGCCAUACCGGGCGGUGACGGGGUGGAUGAGGCAGGGUUGAGGGCCGAUGCGCCUGUGUUUGUGCCUGGUGCUGCACCGGCGCAGCAGCAGCAACCAAGGGAAGAAGUUCCCAACGGUGCAGCAUCUGCGUCUGGUACUGGGAGAGGCAAGGGAAAAUCGAAGGCAAAGAACAAUAACAAUAACAGUGGUGGUAAUAUUCAGAAACAACCUCGGUCUCAGCCACCGCCGCCUCCGGCGAAAGUUACGACAAAAUCAACGGCUUCCGACAUCGCCACUCGAAUUCACGAGGAUAUUGCGUACAAUUUCGAGCUGGGAAAGAGAUCGCGUGUCUGGUCUUGCGGGCUCUGCUGGACGGUCUUCCAUUUGAGCUGCGGGGCGGCGGCUGCUCAGCGACAGGAUGGCGAGAAUGGGGAGAGUAGUGCGCCUCGCGCGUGGCGCUGUCCUGGUUGCAAUCUGCCUCAGGAAGAGGUUGAUCCGCGCUCGUUUCCUGGCCUGCCGCCGCACUCGUGUGGACAGACUUGCGCGAGGACGCGCAAAGGUUGUCCCCAUCCGUGUGAUGCGACUUGUCAUGCUGGGCCUUGUGCGCCUUGUACGGCUAUGGGGCCGACGCAGGAUUGCUUUUGUGGAAGGAACUCAUCGACAAAGCGUUGCCAGGAUACGGAUUAUGAGAACGGCUGGAGCUGUGGUGAGAUCUGUGGUGAUUUGCUACCUUGUGGAGAGCAUACCUGUCCCCGGCCGUGUCAUGAAGGCUUGUGUGGCUCUUGUGAAGAGAAGAUCGAAGCACGGUGUUACUGUGGAAAAGUACAGACCGAGAUGCUGUGCAGUUCGAAGGACGAAGAGUUGGAUAGUGAAUUGAUGCGGGAGGACGACAUUGAGGAGUGGACUGGCUGCUUUAGCUGUGGAGAUGAGUGCAGUCGCCCCUUUGACUGUGGUGUUCAUUUCUGCCAAAAAAGCUGCCAUGCGCAAGAUGCACAUCCGGCUCACUGUCCGCGAUCCCCGGAUGUGGUCUUUGACUGCCCUUGCGGAAAGACACCUCUGGACCAGAUUGCUGGCUAUUCACCCCGGACGUCUUGCGAGGAUCCGAUCCCGAAUUGCACCAAGCCUUGUGGAAAGCCGCUGGCCUGUGGACAUCCAUGCACCAAGGUCUGCCAUACCGGGUCUUGUGGGCCCUGCUUCCAGAACGUGCCCAUCGAGUGCCGCUGUGGACGCAACACAUUCACAACAAUGUGUCCUCAGGGUGAGAUGCAACCGCCGCAGUGCUUUCGUAUCUGCAAGGCCGGGUUGCACUGUGGCCGUCAUGCCUGCACUGAGCGAUGCUGUCCCGGCGAGCAAAAGGCCAUUGAGCGUCAGGCUAUCCGCCGGAAGCUCAAGUCUCACCUGCGGCCUAGCGACGAGGACUUUGAGGCUGAGCAUAUCUGUACCCGGGUCUGUGGCCGUAUGCUGAAAUGCGGACGGCACACAUGCCCGGAGAUCUGUCACAAGGGGCCCUGCAACACCUGCAGAGAGGCUAUCUUCGAGGAGAUUCCGUGUAACUGCGGUCGAUCUAUCUUGCAUCCGCCUUUGCCCUGCGGGACACAGCCGCCGGCAUGCUCGUUUCCAUGCGAGCGUCCCAAGCCGUGUGGCCAUCCUCAGACGUCCCAUAACUGCCAUACCGACGACGAAAGUUGCCCCAAGUGUCCAUAUCUGACAGAGAAGACCUGCCUCUGCGGCAAGAAAGUUCUGAAGAAUCAGCCCUGCUGGCUUACGGACGCCCGCUGUGGCCAGGUCUGCGGCCAGCUGCUCAAAUGCGGCUCCCACACCUGCCAGAAACACUGUCACCGGCCUGGAGAGUGCGAGGAUGCUACGAAGCCCUGCCAGCAGGCAUGCGGCAAGACAAAGACAAUGUGUGGCCACCCCUGCACCGACCCAUGCCAUGCACCCUAUCCAUGCCCGGAGAAGACGCCCUGCAAGUCCAUGAUCACGGUAACAUGUGACUGUGGACGACUCCGCCAGGAGCGUCGCUGCAACGCCGCCAAGGCCGUUGUUUCCAAGGGCCAGCUUCAGCAAGCGCAGCGCGGGCCAGCCGUGACACCGCUAUCAUGCGACGAUGAAUGCGCUCGCCUUGAACGGAACCGGUCUCUUGCCUCCGCUUUAGGAGUAGACAUCAACCCAACAACCACCGUCUCGCAAUCCCUCACCUCUACCAACCUCCCCUACUCCGCCGAAACCCUCGACAUCUACAUCCAACUUUCCUCCUCCCACCCCUUGUCCACCCUACAAACCAUUGAAUCCACCCUCCACACCCUAGCUACCACAUCAACCGAGCGAUCCACGCGCUUCCAACCCGCUAAAUCCUCCCUCCGCGCCUUCACCCACUCUCUCGCAGCAGACUGGGGCUUCACUAGCGAAAGCUUCGACCCGGAACCCCACCGCCACGUCUUCGUAUUGAAGUCCACUCUCUGGACUCCGCCCGUGUUCGGCACCGGCAACGGCACGGCCAUUGGUAUCGGCGGCAUGAGCGUGGGCGACUGCGUCAAGCUGCGUGAUCGCCAGCGCCUAAAGGAACAAGAAGCGCAGCGUCUCGCCGCCGCGGAGGCCAAAGCCCAACGUGAAGCGGCACGCGCACAUACCAAUGGAUCCGGCGAGGGCGGCUGGGCACAGGUGGCUGCUUCGAAGAGAAGCAAUCUGACUCUCGGUGCGGGACGGGCUUCAGCUCCUUCUUCUGCGUCUACGUCUGGAACGGCUACUCCGGCUGCUGUAGCACCGUGGUCUACUUCUACUAUGUAUGCUGCGCUGGAUCGGGAUGUUGGCGAUGCGGCACAGCCUAAGAAGGAGAAGUUGGUACUUCGGUCGGGAGUGAAGGGGUCGAGAAGUCAGGGGUCGUCGGUAGAGAGAGAGAAGGAUGGCUCGACUGCUGGUGGGGGUGAUGCUUAGUUCUGAAUGAGUUGAUGAGUGAUUCUUCCAACGCUAAACCCUUCUAUGGGUCUAGUGUGGGAAUGUUCAUGUCGUGCUUUCUUUUUCAUGAUGAAUGGCCCAUUGUUGCAAAGUUUAGCGUGCAUAUAUGGCGGCUGGGUAGUUUCAAGCUACGAAAAAAACACAAUGGAUGUUGUAAUUGAUAAAAGCAAUAACAAAUAGGAUGAAGAGAGAGAAAU